GACCUGGUAGAACCUGGACCGGAUCAGAUGCUGUCGGAACCUCCCGCCUGAGGUUCGGGUUCAACGCCUUUUCUCCGGACUUUUAGGAAUCUGGGGAAUGUGACCCCGUUUCGGUCCCGGUCCUGGACAGAAUCCAUUCCCUGAUCCGCACUCACCCGUCCGUGUGGGGCAGAACCAAACUGAAACAUGCAUGUCUUGGCUUUGCUGAGUGUGUGUGUGCAUCUGUGCAGGGCUUUCCCAAACCUGCAGCCGGAACCCACCAGCGGGCCCCCCGCGGCCCCCGGGGCCCUGGCCCCGCUCCCGGAGCUGGGUCCGGGCGAGGGCCCGGGGGGCGUGAACGGGACCGGCUGCGGGCCCUGCGACCCGGACCUGUGCCCGGAGACCCGCGGCUGCCGGGCCGGCGAGGUGCCGGACUCCUGCGGCUGCUGCCGGGAGUGCGGGAACCUGGAGGGCCAGGCCUGCGACCCGGGGGCCCGCAGCGGGCUGUACGGGCUGUGCGGGGCCGGGCUGCGGUGCCGGGCGGACCCCGCGGGGGGUGAGGACUGGGGGGAGGAGGAGGAGGAUGAGGGGGAGGAUGGGGAUGAGGGGGUGUGCGUGUGCCAGCAGCAGGAGCCCGUGUGCGCCAGCGACGGAACCACCUACAUGAACAUGUGUCAGUUCAGACAGGCCGCCUUCUCCGACCCGGAGCUGCAGACCCGCGGGACGGGGCCCUGCCGCACAGUCCCCGUCAUCAAGGUUCCCCCCCAGAGUCAGGUGAACGGGACGGGCAGUAUUCUGGUGUUCCUCUGUGAGGUCUUUGCGUUUCCGAUGGCGCUGGUGGAGUGGAGGAAGGAGGGACGAGACGUUCUCCUACCUGGAGACGACCCGCACAUCUCUGUCCAGGUGAGGGGCGGGCCUCUGAAAUUCGAGCUGUCCAGUUGGCUUCAGAUUGAGGGGGCGGAGCCAGCUGACUCAGGAACCUAUCAGUGCGUAGCUCGCAACAACCUGGGCUCUGUGUCCGCCUCAGCUGUGCUGGAAGUGCUGGGAGCAGAGGAGCUGUCAUCUUACCUGGCCAACAGUGUUUCUGAGAUGAAGCAGGUGAUGGACGUCUCAGACUACGAUGAGGACUUCUACUGAUCCACCUGUGAUGUCACUUUCCCGCCGGAGCCAUAGCCUUAGAUUGACCAUCUUGCCUCCCAGACUUUUAUUUUGGCGGGACGAAAGGACAGUGCUGAGGAAGCAGCGAUUAUAUCGGUCAUUAUAUUGUGGUUAUUUACUGUGUAGUUACUCUACUGUGACCCAGGGCGACAACGUGGAUGUUGAACGUUCCGUUGAGUCGCAGGUUCGAGUCUCCUGCUGACUCGCUCCACGUCUGUUAUUCAAAAUAAAAGACCAAAGAACAAGCUGCUAUCAGUUUAGCUGCAUCACAGAUGAGAGAAAAAGGCUGUCAUGAUAAAGAUGGCUGUGUUUACACGUUUA